AUGCCGGUGUGCCAUUGUGUAGGCAUCUGGAGUGUAAAUCUUACAGGCAACAUGUUUUGGAAAUUUGACCUCCACACCACGUCCCACAUUGACACCCUUCUGGAGAAGGAAGAUGUGACGUUGACAGAGAUCAUGGAUGAGGAUGAUGUGCUGCAGGAGUGUAAAGCCCAGAACCAUAAACUGGUGGACUUUUUGUUGAGACCUCAAUGUAUGGAAGACCUGGUCACAUUCAUUACACAAGAGCCAAACACUGAUGUUGAGGAAAAAGUUAAAUACAAAUACCCCAACAUUUCAUGUGAGCUGCUUACGUCAGAUGUUGGUCAAAUCAAUGAUCGUCUUGGAGAAGAUGAAAAACUCCUGAUGAAACUCUAUGGCUUUCUUCAGAAUGAACCACCUCUCAACCCACUUCUGGCUAGUUUUUUCUCCAAAGUCCUUUCCAUUCUCAUAGGACGUAAGCCUGAACAGAUAGUAGAUUUUUUAAGAAAACGUGAUGAUUUCGUUGACUUGAUGAUCAGGCAUAUUGGAACAUCAGCCAUCAUGGACUUGCUGCUCAGAAUGCUCACCUGCAUUGAACCACAACAGCUGCGACAGGAUGUCCUCAGUUGGCUUAACGAGGAAAAGAUUAUUCAGAGGCUGAUAAAUGUGGUUCAGCCAUCUCAAGAUGAGGAUCAGAGACACUCCAAUGCCUCCCAAUCUCUCUGUGAGAUCAUCAGGCUAAGUAGAGACCAGAUGUUUCAAGUACAGGGCUGCACAGAACCUGAUCCGUUGCUCUCUACGAUAGAAAAGCAGGAAACUGUUGAACAACUGCUGUCCAAUAUUUUUGACAGUGAAAAAAAUGAGUCUGCGAUUGUCAGUGUCAUUCAGAUUCUUCUUACACUAUUUGAAAUGAGGAGACCAGCGUUUGAGGGUCAUAUGGAAUGUCUCCCUGGUAUGUCUCACUCUUCAUUCUCUGUAAAUCAGAGCAUUCUGGAGGCUGUGAGACCACGGCUGAAAGACUUUCACCAGCUUCUUUUAGAACCUCCAAAGAAGAAUGUCAUGAAGACCACCUGGGGAGUCCUGGACCCUCCUGUUGGCAAUACCAGGUUAAAUGUAGUCCGACUAGUCGCUAGUCUGUUACAGACCAACACACACUGCAUAAACACAGAACUUAUCAACCUCAACACACUGGGAGUUAUUCUAGAUAUGUACUUCAAAUACAUCUGGAACAACUUUCUUCACAUUCAAGUGGAGAUCUGCACUGCCAUGAUCCUGGCUAUGCCUUCAACUCCCACUGAUAUUCAGCAGGAUAAAGACCAGGAAAGCCCAAGAGAAAGUGUCCUCAUCAAACAUCUGUUUCAAAAGUGCCAGUUUAUCCAGAGAAUCGUAGAUGCUUGGAACUCUAAUGAACAAGAACAGGCUGAAGGUGGUCGGAGACGAGGGUACAUGGGUCAUCUCACAAGAAUAGCAAACUCUAUAGUUCACAACUGCGACAAAGGUCCCAAUGGACCCCAGAUACAACAGCUUGUUUCAGAGCUGCCUGCAGAGGACCGGGAAAAAUGGGAGGCAUUUAUUUCAGGGCAUUUAGCUGACACAAACAAGAAAAACACUGUUGAUUUGGUGAACACACACCAUAUUCAUUCAUCAAGUGAUGAUGAAGUGGACUUCAAAGACAGCGGUUUUCAUCAGGAUUCCUCUCUACAACAAGCCUUUUCUGAUUAUCAGAUGCAACAAAUGACGUCCAAUUUUAUUGAGCAGUUCGGCUUCAAUGACGAAGAGUUUGCUGAUCAGGACGAUGUUGUGGAUAUUCCCUUCGAUAGAAUAUCAGACAUAAACUUUUCACUGAAUACAAAUGAAAGCGCAAAUAUAGCCUUGUUUGAGGCCCGCUGUAAGGAGAAAAUCCAGCAGUUUGAGGAUGCUGGUUCAGAUGAGGAAGAUAUUUGGGAUGAAAAAGAUGUGACCUUUGCACCAGAGGCACAGAGACGCCCCAGGAGUUCAGGGAGUACAGACAGUGAGGAGAGUACAGACUCAGAAGAAGAGGAGGUCAAGAGGGAUUCUUUUGAAACUACUGCUCCCAGCACUGAUGACCGGAUGGAAGUGGACACGGGGCCGGUGUGGACCGCAAACUUUGAUGACAUACCGAUGGACACAGGAACUUCCACCGCCACAGCAACCAACCCCAACAGUUCUUCUAUGUCCUCCUCCACAGAUGCUCCUGUGGAGGUCUCAUGGAGCUCUCCUCCUUCAGCUACAUCCAACUCUGAAUCAGGCUGGGCCAAUUUCUGCAACUUUAACUCUGCCAGUCCCAAAGACCCUCUGAGGUGCAACUCUCCUGUUGCUAUGGAGACCAGCAUAGAGACAGAUCCACUUGGGGUAAAUGCACCCCAGAGACACGAAGGUGGUGAUGGCUGGUUAGACAACAGUGAAGUCCCCCCUUCCUCUCCAAAAGACUCAAGUGAAUCUAAGUUGGAGGAAGUUUCUGAGCAGCGAAGCAUCACAGAGACUGUCAUUAAUGGCUCUAUGAAGGAGACUGUCAGCCUCACAGUGGACGCCAAGACUGAGACUGCAGUCUUCAAGAGUGAUGAAGAGAAGAGUUGUUCACCAGAGAAAACCUCGGUUGGAGAGGGUGCCGAUGUGGAGAGUGCAGAGCUCAACAGUCCAGCAGCUGCCGGCUGCCCAAAAAAAAGCAGUGACAAAGUUCCCAAUGGGCCUUUAGAAGAGCUGUCACCGACACAAGAGGCAACGCUGGAGCCAUCUUCCGCUUCCCCAGAGGCAGCUGUUAACGGUCCUGUGUGA